UUAGUUUGUGUCCGAGUGAACGGUCCAAACCAGUGUGACUGGGCAUCUACUGGGAGGAAGGACUGGUUUCUACCCGCAGUGAGCAGACUGCAGAGGCACCAUGGCCGACGGCGUGAAUGAGGAGUCGGAUUAUAACCCGGGGAAAAAUGAGCUGGGCUGGGGCUAUGAGGAAGGUGUAGAAUGGGGACUUCACUUCCCAUCGGCCAACGGCGAGUACCAGUCUCCCAUUAACUUGAACUCCAGGGAGGCCCAGUACGACCCGUCCCUCCUGGACGUGGGCUUGUCACCGAACUACGUGGUGUGUCGAGACUGCGAGGUCAUCAACGACGGACACACGGCCCGCAUCCUUCUCAAGUCCAAGUCAGUGGUUACCGGCGGUCCGUUGCCGAGCGAUCACGAGUACGAGCUUCACGAGGUUCGUUUCCACUGGGGCAAGGAGAACCAGAGAGGAUCAGAGCACACGGUCAACUUCAAGGCCUUCCCUAUGGAGCUCCAUCUGAUUCACUGGAACAGCACUCUGUUCAACUCUUUGGAGGACGCUCUCGGGAAGAAGAAUGGAGUCCUCAUCAUCGCUCUUUUCGUGCAGAUCGGUAAGGAGCAUCUGGGUCUGAAGGCCAUCACUGAAGUUCUACAGGACCUGCAGUACGAGGGAAAGAGCAAGAUAAUCCCUUGCUUCAACCCCAACACUCUGUUACCCGACCCGUUACUGAGAGACUACUGGGUGUAUGAAGGAUCCCUGACCACACCGCCGUGCAGUGAAAAUGUGACCUGGAUCCUCUACCGCUACCCUCUCACCAUCUCACAGUCACAGAUCGAGGAGUUUCGGAGGCUGCGGUCCCACGUCAAAGGGGCGGAGCUACUGGAAGGGAACGAUGGGAUGUUGGGGGACAACUUCCGUCCCACCCAGCCGCUCAGUGACCGGACGGUUCGCGCCGCUUUCCAGUGACCCUGGCUGCCCACUGCCAACCCAGAGGAGCUGUGGCACCUACAGACACAAGCACAGACGGGGAGCAGGAAGACGAGAGGUGUGAGAAGAGGAGCGCCAACAGAGGGAGACCGAAGGUGGACAACCAGCUCACACCUUCAGUGUGUGUGUGUGUGUGUGUGUGUCAUGAUUAGAUGAGAGGGGGCUGCUCUGCUGUCAAAACAAGCCACAGGUGUGUUUUUUAAAGAAAAAAGUUCAUAUAAAUUAUGAUUUUGGUUUAUAAAAAAUAUAUAUAUACACAUUUUUUCCACAAGACUUUUAUCAGCUCAACAACAAGCUGAGUCUUUGAAAUAAUCCGGAGCCGCUGCAUGUCGCAGUAAUGGCACAUGUCUCUUCUCUAGCAACCCAGCAGCAGUUUAAUACUAUUUGUUCUCAUUGUGCAGCCUAUAACGGAAUAUAUACACGGGAGUUUAGGAGUAACUGUAUAGGGGGCGGGGUUUAUUUAUAUUUAAAGGAACAGGGUGGAACAGAAAGGCUCUGUUGGCAGAAAUGGAAUAUAUAAUAUUCAUAGCUAAGUUUUUCCUUCAUGUCUUUUUACAUUAUCAAGUAGUUCUUGUAAAGGGAGGAGAUAGCGAAGGUCACACUCCUCCACCCCCCCUCGAGAUGCCUCGGGGUCAUGAGGUCAUGUCGCUCUCCUGGCCUCGAGCUGCUUGCUGUAAGUAAAGACGAGUCUCCGUGUUCAGCCGGUGUCUCUUCAGUGGCUUCGUGCUCCGGGUUCCCCCUCCAGGUUCUCUAGGACAGCGCUGGUGGUCCCUGUGCCGGUGUGGGGUCGGAAAAAUUUACGAUUGAACACUUGUUUCCUUUUUAAAAAAGAAAGAAAUGUCUCAUCACACUGUGGACCAUGAGCAGGUUAAAACACCGACAUCUCAUCACUCCCUUCGAAUGUGUCGGUAUCGAAGAGGGUUACUAGCACUGCUUUCAUGUGUGUGUGAGUGUGUGAGUGAGUGAGUGUUUAGACUAUAUUACCCAUUUACACCUGGCGUUAUAAUAAGAUCUGAUUUAUGGACAAUGUUUUCUGGAGAUAGAAAAUCAUCAGUGGGAUCCUCCAGUCUGGAAAAGGGAAACACAGAGUUUAAAUCCCUCAAACGGCCACUUGAGGCUCCAAAAGCGAGACAAUCCCCGUAGAGUAGACCUCCAUGUUGACACCGAUGCGGAAGUAUCUUAAAACUGGCAAUAUCUCUCCACUGACCACCAGGGGGCGACUCCUCUGGGUGUAUAGAAGUCUAUGCAUCAUGUGUUAAAGCUGCAUUCUCUCUCCUGACCACCAGGGGGCGACUCCUCUGGUUGUAUAGAAGUCUAUGCAUCAUGUGUUAAAGCUGCAUUCUCUCUCCUGACCA